GUCUCGCCGCCCGUGCAACUCCACGUCUAGCUCUCUUCUGCCCGUCGUCCUCGCACCCAACCGCUAAAAUCUGCCGCAUAUUGUUUCUGAGCACCGCUAUCGCCAGCAUGAUCGGCCGCAACACAGAAGUCGAUGAAUUCCAGGCUCUGGUCCAGGCCAUCAACGAGAAACUCGGGCCCAGCAGUGGCAUUGACCCGGCCGAUGUAGACGAGAACGAGCUUCAAGAACUGAUGCAGGCCUAUGUUUCCAAUGAAUCAGAGUGGAGAAGGUACUUUUUCGCCUCGGACAAGAUUCCUUACACACGCAAUGUGGUGGACAAGGGCAACGGCAAGAGCAAUCUGCUCAUCUUGGUCUGGGGGCCCGGCAAGAAGAGUCCAAUUCAUGAUCUUCUGCACGAUGAAGCGACUGUGUUCGCCGGUCUUUCGAUCGUUGCGUCAGUACAGAAGACAUGCCGUCACGCCAACGCACACUGCAUCAUGAAGGUACUCAAGGGCCACCUCACCGAAACUCGCUUCAAUAUUCCCACAGACGACGACAUUCAAAACAAACGCCCCAUGACCAAGAUACGCGAAACAACAUACUCUGAAAACGAAGUUACGUACAUGGCAGAUACUUUGGGCGUGCAUUGCAUCUCCAAUCCAGACCUGACUGAUUAUGCUGUCUCUCUGCAUUUGUACACACCGCCUAAUGCAGCCACAUACGGAUGUAAUGUGUUCCAUCAAGACACUUCGGGAGUUAUCCACAACAAGCAAUGCCACUUUUAUUCCGAGUAUGGCGUCAAGGUGAGCAAGGAUUGAAGCAUCAAUGUCAUGGCAUGGUGUAAAUUCACGGCCUUGGUUUAUGAGUCUCUGGUCUUAUGACAGAGGCGAUUACAGAGCUCCUUAUAUAGGAUGCGUAUGAAGAAAUGAUGACAGGAGUUUGGUUACAUUGACAAAUUGGGCAGCAUAGGUUAACGACGAUGGAAACAAUUCGAGAGCCAUAGGUGUUUAGUGUUUUGGGUCCCGUAACGAUAAUGAAUUUUAUUCUCUAUUCCC